UCUCAUUCCAAUAAUAUUACAAGAAUCGUGCAGAUCAAAUACAGACUAGCCUACCGGUGAGCCCUGAGUGAUCCCGCUUACAUGACGAAUUUCCCAAAGACAGUUCUCAAAGGCCGUCCAAAAUAUAUUAUCCGCACCCAAAUCCAUGCAACAGUAGCAAUCUCUAUAUCACAGUUACUCAAGCCACUCAUUAAACCAAUUCACACUCUCUCAAGAAUCUCUUAACUACUUACAGCCCACACCUACCCCCACAAUCCACCACAACUGCCACUUUUCCCCAUCAGCCAUCUGGACAAACCACGCCGCCAUGGGCGUUCUCCUAUCAAUACCGCAACGCCUCCUCAACACCCUCCUUCCCUUCACAAAUCCCAACACCCCUCUCCUCCAAGAUCUCAUCCACACCGCCGUCCUCUGCGCGACACUCUACUACGCGCCCCAGCUCGUCGAGCGCCUCAACGCACAGCAACAACCCCACCGGGACCCCUCAAUACCGGCGGCCGACAACACGCACGACGGCACCGCAAAUGACGGUUCGAACGAGGACCUCCCGCUGGAACGGGACCUAGUCCUCCAGCCAGACGAUGACGAGGUCGCGGAGCCUCUACCCCCAGCGCCGACGCCGCCGCCUGGCGUCCCAGGCCCUGCAGACUGGGACGCUCCCGCCCAACUGCCCGAGCCGGGGGACCAGGCGCCGGCGUGGGAGGGCAAUGCACAUGCUGGUCCCGCCGCGGGGCAGAACGAGCGACCGCGACCCACAGCUGCGAACAGGAUUGUUGGUGCUAAGAAGGCGAAAUCGCUGGCUCGGAGGGACGAGCGUAGAGCUUACCACGAAUUCUUCAGGCAGGAGGCUGAGCUAAGGAGGAUGAGGGAGGAUGAGGGGCGCGAGGAGAGGGAGGCCGCGUUGGCGGCGGAGAAGGCGCGGCGGGCGGAGGUGGAGAGGGAGAUUCAGGAGAGGGAGAGGGCGGAGCGGGAGAGAAAGAAGGAAGAGGAGAGGAGGGGGCACGAGGAGGAGAGGAUGAGGAGGGAGAGAGUGGUGGAUGAGGUACGGGAGAAGUUGAUGAAGAGGGGUAGUAUUAAUUUGGUGGAUAUUGCGUGGAGGGAGGGGAAGGAUCAAUUGUGGAUUGAGCGGCUGGUGAGGGCGUCGGGUCUUUUGUCGAAAAGGGAGGAUGGAAGCCAUACUAUGAUCACUGGUGAGGGGUGGAUCAUCAAGGUGGAUGCUCAGCUUAUGGAUGAGGCAUAUGCUGCCGCCGCGCAGUUUGGGGACACCAACGAAGGUCGGAUCAGUUUUCAAGAUUUUGGCGGCAUCCUUGAAAAGAUCAUAACGGCGAGGACCCAAGCAUGAGACGACCUACGAUGAUGACAUGAGACAUGGAUAGAUUUCGUAUCACUGUAGGCUACGCUGCAUCGCGUCAGUGCGAUCGUUGCAGGGAUGGUAAUAGAAUAUCAUAAACGGGCAUCAGCUUUAUGAUCACAUAAUAUUUGUUGUUCUUCAUAAUGCAACACUUUUGUUUGAGCAAUUACCCCGCGCCGGA